GGAAAAUUCGGAAAGAGAAAGAAUGUUUCUUUAAUAGUCCGUAGGGAAACAGAUAAAUAUUUUGGAAGGUGUGAUAACUUAAAUAGAACCCACUACCUCAUACCGUAUUUUUUAAUAUAAGACUAUCUCCACAAAACAAGUUGGUCGAAUUCAAAAUUCACAUGUUCAAAUCAUCAUUAAUUCUGAGGUCCAAGCUGCCUCUCGGAACCAUACCCAGCAUUGCUUGUGGAUAAAUUUGUUGGAAAAUAAAAUACUCUCCGUGGAAAAUUUAAAAAAAUAAAUCCUACCCCUUACUAUAAAAGAAACAUUGUUUUAUGUUUUAUCCAUCUCAAAUCCAAAUUGUCAAGCCCCCCAACAUCAUCAGACCGAUUCACUUAAUGGUGCAACAACAGCAACAUAAGAUGACUUCUGGCAAGGCUACUACUCCAGCAGACAAGCACAACGUCAUGCUCUUCUUGAUGGUGAAUUGCAUCCAAAUCCUCUGCGUGCUUAUUGUGCUCAUGCAAGCUCUGUCAACGACCGAACUUCGAGGAAACUUCUACUACGCCGAUCGGGCGAAUAUCCGCAAGAUGCUCCUAGAAUCUGACGGUCUGCGAUGCAAAGAAUUCGUCAUAUACAAUGCAGAGCCGCCAACACCGCAGGAGAAAUGGGAUGAACACCUCAGCAAUAGCGGAUAUGCUACAUUGAAAGAUCGAGAGGAGAGAAGUGAAGGCAGCAAGGACAACACUCCUAGUUCUGGACGAAUCCUGACAAUUCUGGAGCGCAGCCUGAAAGUCACUGGCGAUGAAGUAAAUUCGACCACUGGGGAAUUGAAGAUGCGCAUUUCUCUUCUCUUCGAAUGGAAAACCGGUCAUGGUCAGCUUGAUGUGUUGCAAAUGCCAGAAGAUGUCGAGAAUCUGACGGAAAGUAUUCUUGGAGAAUCUCCGGAUAUGACCUCAUUGAAUACAAGUCUACCGAACAUUACUUCAACAGACAAAGGGACCGCCAACACCGCCAAAAUUCCUCUGCCUUCGGUUGCCAGUGCAGCAAAUUCUGAGGAGACAAAAGAUGUUGAGGAGAAGGAAGACCCGGCCAAUUCUGACAACCAAAUACAGCCUCGCUUCCCUAAUGGGACUCACGCCUACAAGAUCAACAAAAUGGAAGGAAUGCAAGAAAACAAGCCUGCCGAUGUUUUCGAUCCGUUCAACCAUGUAGCAAAGCAUUUGCUCGUCUACACUCUAGCCAGUUUUCUGCACCUGAUUCUUCAAUUCUGUCGCUGUGCUCUCAGUGACAAUAAUGGACGUUAUUCGGUUUGCGAGCUGAUUUUUCUGGUGGUCUCAAUUGUCGUUUGGGGAAUUAUGCUGGUCUUGACUUCCUCCACGAGCAUGAACUGGGACAGUUUAUGGAUGUGCACAAAUUUCCGACCGGAGAAGCCCAAAGUCUUCAUUGUGGCGGUGAUUUGUUCCGCUGUGCUGGUUGUUCUCUACCUGUUCGAGGCUCUGUAUGCAUGCGAGAUGAUGUUCGUCGAGGAAGCGACCAAAAAUGUGAAGGUGGAAGGGGGGAAGUCUUCUGAAGCUCCUUCCCCUCCAAAGAACAACAACGCCAUUGUUGCCGCUUCGACUGAUGACACUACUAGUACCUCCAUUCUGUUGCCAUUCACUGUUCAUGGAGGCAAGAUUGGAGGCAACAUCCAGCAGGCUAAACUUGUGCGAGAAGACUUCUGCAUGAUAACCGUAAAGGAGAACUAAAUUGAAGUGUGUGAUGUAGUGAAUAA